ACAGAGACAGUGCUCCUGGACGUGAGCAACAUGAAGUGCGGGGGCUGCUCCGCAUCUGUAAAGCGCAUCCUUCUCAGCAAGCCCGGCAUUGAGCAGGCGGCCGUCAACUUGCUGACAGAGAGCGCGGUGGUCAAGCUGCGGCCUGGGCAGAGCUCCGCUGCGGAAGCUGCAGACCUGCUCACAUCCAAGGCACUGCCCUCCAUCUUCUCUGCAUGCCAGACGUCGGAGGAGGGCAUGCAGGACAGCGCGGAGGCGUCGGAGCAGCGCAAGCGCGAGGAGCUGCAACGGAGUCUGUGGGACCUAAGCCUGUCUUGGGGCCUAGUGCUGGUGUGCUGCACGCACCACCUCGGCCACUGGCUGCAUGGCCUCGGCUGGCACGGCCUCGCGCAUGGGCCGGUUCUCAACGCCCUGGCCAACCCCAGCGUCUCCCUUGUCCUCGGCUCCGUUGCGCUGCUCGGCCCGGGACGACCGCUCAUCCAGGACGGCCUCGUCUCCCUCGCCAGGGGCAACCCCAAUAUGAACUCUCUGAUUGGGCUGGGGGCGCUGACGUCCUUCGCUGCGGGGGUGGCUGCGCCGCUGGUGCCGGGCAUGGCCUUUGAUGCCUCCUUCCUGGAGGAGCCUGUCAUGCUGCUGGCCUUUGUGCUCCUGGGACGCACCCUCGAAGCGCGCGCACGCCUCAAGGCCUCCGGCAAGCCUCUGAUUUUGAUGCUCUUUUUAUUUGUGUCAUCAUCCGACCUGCGCAGCUUGGCGAAGCUGAUUCCGGCCGACACCCGCUUAGUCAUCGAUGCCGGGACCGCGCCCGGGGCUGCGGCGGCAGCGAAGGCUGCGGAGGGCAAGGGAGAUGCGGCGUUGGUGGUGAUGAGCGUGCCCACGACCAGCGUGCGGGCAGGGGACGUGCUGCGAGUGCUGCCGGGCGAGCGGGUGCCCGUGGAUGGUGAGAUUCUGGAGGGGCGCUGCAGCGUGGACGAGAGCAUGCUCACCGGGGAGGCCGCCCUAGUGGUCAAGGCCCAGGGCUCUCUGGUCACGGCGGGCACGGUGGUGUUUGAGGCGCCGAUAACGGUGCGGGCGUCAAGCACGGGCGCGGGCAGCAUGCUGGCGGGCAUCGGGCGGCUGGUGGCGGCGGCGCAGGCACGCGAGGCGCCCGUGCAGCGACUGGCCGACACCAUCGCCGGCCGCUUCUGCUUCUCCGUCAUGGCCGCCUCCGCCGCCACCUUCGCCUUCUGGUCCACCCUUGGGGCGUCGCUGUUUCCGAGCGCUCUUGACAGCGUGGCAGGCGGCGGCGCGCUGCUGCUGGGCACAAAGCUGGCCAUCGACGUGCUUGUUGUGGCCUGCCCUUGCGCGCUGGGCCUGGCCACUCCCACGGCCGUCCUGGUGGCGUCCUCCAUGGGCGCCAAGCGCGGCUUGCUGCUGCGCGGCGGCGACGUGCUGGAACGCAUCGCGCAGGUGGACACGGUGGUGUUUGACAAGACUGGCACGCUGACGGAGGGGCGGCUGCGGCUGGAGGCCAGCAGUCCGGCAGAGGGCGUGUCCAAGACCGAGCUGCUGCGCUGGGCGGCUGCGGCUGAGUCGUCUGCGCGGCACCCACUGGCGGCUGCGGUGCUGGCGGCGGCAGACGCGGCCGGCGUGGAGGUGCCGGGAAGCCGGGACGCCUCCACCGAGCCGGGAUCCGGCGUGCGCGCAACAGUCGACGGCGCCAGGGUGUUUGUGGGGCACCGCGAGUGGGUGGAACAGCAGCUGCGCGAAGUUUCUGGGAGCGGCCACACAGACGGCCACAGCAGCGACAGAACUCAUAGCCACUUGACUGGAGACGAGGCCGAGCAGGGCAUGUCGAUGGUGCACGUGGCAGUGGAGGGGCGGGGCCUGGUGGGCAGCCUGGCCUUCAGGGACACGCUGCGGCCGGACGCGCGUGCGGUCGUGCAGCGGCUGAAGGACCUUAAUAUCCGCGUAGCGCUGCUCUCCGGCGACAAUGCGGCCACCGUGACCGCCGCUGCACAGCAGGCCGGCAUCCAGGCGGACAGUGCCUGGUCGGGAAUGCGGCCGGAGCAGAAGGCGGCGGUGGUGGAGCAGCUGCGAGCGGGCGGCGCCGUGGUGGCCAUGGUGGGCGACGGGGUGAAUGAUGCGCCCGCCCUGGCGGCCGCGGACGUGGGCCUUGCCAUGAGCGGCGGAAUGGACGCUGCUGGGGAGGCUGCGUCCGUCGUGCUCCUAGGAGACCGCAUGGGCCAGGUGGUGGAGGCCAUAGUGCUGGGCCGGGCAACGCUGGGCAAGAUCCGGCAGAAUUUGGCCUGGGCGCUCAUGUACAACAUCAUCGGCAUCCCCCUGGCGGCCGGCGCGCUGCUGCCGUCAAUGGGCAUCGCGCUCAAUGCUUCGGCGGCUGGCGGCAUGAUGGCGUUCAGCUCCCUGGCCGUCGUGUCAAACAGCCUGCUGCUCAGAACGCACCCCCUGGGGGAGGCCGCAGACGGUGCUGCGGCCAGAGAGCCGCAGACGCGCCUGCAUUCAGAUGCGCGGCAGGAAUUUGGUUCAGGAGGCGCCCCGGCUCAGUGAGGCGACUGGUACAAUCGUGUAAAACCGAGUUCUGUGACUGUCGGGCAUUGUGAGACUGCCCGGAAUAUUGUGAAGGAAGUCGGCAUGUGAGGGUUGAGCAAGGAACCAUGUAUCUGUGAUUGUUGUGUGACGGGAGGUGGGAUAAAUUUUAUUUUGGUAACCUGAUGCUUUGGAUUUUUUCACCUGCUGCAUGACAUUCAUUUUUUGACCCAGACAGUCCUGCGGGAAGAGCCCAAUAUUUUUCGAAACAGAGAUUGAGGUUGACAACAGCAGAGGGAGUACCGACUGAGCAUGGUUCAUGAUGUAAACGAUGAUUA